AUGGAAUGCCCAAUGUGUUUUGAUUUGUAUGCCCAAAAUAAGGUGGCAAGAAAUCUCCUUUGUGGUCAUACUUACUGUUCUGUGUGUCUUGAAUAAAUCUACAAUAUCAAUAAGAGAAUAGAAUGUCCACUAUGUAGAACAAAGCAUGAACCUCAUUUGAAACCACAUCUAUUGAGUAAAAAUUAUGUGGCUAUGGAUUUGGCUUCCAGACAUUUGGAAGUAUAGUAAAUUAAUAGCAUAAUAAUUAGAAAAAAAUUCGAUUUGUGUCCAAUACAUACAAAACUUCCAUUAUAAUUUUUUUGUGAAGAUGAUUAAUCAAAUAUGUGUACUGAAUGUAUAGCAGAUCAUUAUGGCCAUAAGUUUUUCAAAUAUGAACAUUCCGGUAUCGAAUUAAUAUAUAGUCUAGUAUCUUUAUAAUAAAAUAGAUUAGGAAAGAUCAAAUCAAAACUAAAAUUCCAAUUUGACAUUUUGGAAAAGUAGGUAAAAGGAUUUGAUAAUAGCAAAGAAUAAUUGUAAUUGGAAAAUAUGAAACUGAUGCAACAAUUAGAUGAAUAAUUUGAUAGAUUGAUAAAAAAGAUCGAACUUAGAAAACAAGAAUUGUUGGAAUAGUUAUUCAAAAUAUUUACUACUGAAUGCGAAUAGAUAGAUCAGGAAUUAGCUUUUAAUUAAUCUUUGUUGACAAAUAUGGCAAGUUUAACAGCAAAAUUAGACUAGAAAUAAGAAGAACUAAAAGGAGUUAAGGCCCUGAAAAACAAUGAUCUUAUAAAGGAAAUUGAUGAUUUAGAGGAAUAAGUCGAUAGAGAUGUGGCAUAACAAAAGCAAUUAAAGAUUAGUGAGAUUAAGAAAUUGCCCAAGUUAGUUUUUGAUUUGAAGUUAAUUAAUGAAAUCUCAAAAUUUGGAUAGUUCAAAAAGGAUAUAUCUAACCCAUAAAUCUGUUUCUUUGGAGAUAAGCAUAAAAUAUUAAUUUAUAACAUUGAAAAUAAUGAAUGGACAUACAAACAAAUGCCAAAUAAUACUUUAGAAUACAAUUAUUAUGCUGCUGCAGUUAGUUUGCCAAGUGGUGACAUCAUAAUUACAGGAGGAGGAGUCAGCAGGAAUACGAUGUUAAUAUCGCCAUCUAAAGGAUUUUAAUCAUAAGCCUUAAAAAAUAUGUACUUCCCAAGGAAAGAACAUGCUUGCGUUUAUCUUGAUGGAUUUGUAUAUGCAAUUGGAGGGUAAUAUAAUUUGUUGAAAUUUAGAUAUGAUGGAUCAGCUAAGCAGAUGUUGUCAUGCUGUGAAAAGUAUAGUUUAGUUUCAGAUGAAUGGAAAAUAAUCGAUCCUUUAUAGAAAUAAAAGUGUGCAUUUGCAGCAGCAGCGGCCAUAAAUAAAUUCAUCUAUGUGUUUGGAGGCUUUGAUGGAAGAGAGAGAUUGAACACAAUUGAAAGGUAUUCUGUGAAAGACAAUCAAUGGAAGGUUUUGGAAGUUAAAUUCAAAUAGGGGUUUAGUAAUGCUGCUGCUAUAUCUUAUGAUGAUAAUAAGAUCUUUAUUUUGGGAGGAGGAUCUAAUCAAGGUUUUUCAUAUGAUUUAUAAGUAUAUGAUGUGAAAGAAUAGGUAGUUAAAACUUUGAGUAAAAUGAAUGAAGGAAGGGAUUUGAGAAACAAAUUGGUUAUUCAUGAUAAUCACUUAUUUGCUUGUGGUGGCAACAAUUAAUCAGUGGAAAAAUACUCUCUAAGCUAGCAAACAUGGAUGAAUUUAAAGAGUUACGAUUCAUUGGUCCAAGAUAAUUUGGAUUCAUGGUGCAGUGCUUUAACAUUUGAAAUCAAUAGUUCAAAUACUGUUUCAAAUUUAUUGAAGCAUAAUUAAUAAAAAUAACAAUAAUACCAAAAAUAUAAAUUUGAAGAAUAAGUAUCAUUUGAAAAUGAUUCAUUUAAUUAAGAUGCUCAAAGUGAAGAAUUUGAAGAUUUAGAAGAUUAUGCAAAUAAUGAAGAAAUAUUUUAAUUUUGAAUUUAUAAUUAAUAGUUAAAAACCAUAUAAUCAAAUAGUCAAUU